UUUUACUGGUGCAAAGUAGCGUUGACUGCAAGCGGAAACGGAGUGUCGUGUCGUCGUCGUCGUCGCCAGUGCGUGGUGUUGCUGUUGCUGUAGUUGUGGUGUGGUGGGGCAGGCAGCCCUAAAUCACGUGUAUAAUAAAAGGAACUUCUACUACCAGCAUUUAUUUGCCAUUUGCCGUGGCGGCAUACGACACAAGCGCCAAGCGUUGACGUUCCCGGGAGUUGGCCGUAAUUCAUCCAAUACUUGACGAUGGCGGGUAAGAGCGACAAGGAAAUUCUGGCCAACUCCAUGUACGAGGAUGAUCCCAAUGGCAAUUCAGCGCCAGCCACAACCAAGGACCAAGAAUCCGAUCAGAGGCCGGAGGUACUCAAAGCGACCAAUGUGGCUCCCCCAUCGGCGGCGCCACGUUGGGGACCACAGAACAAGGGCGCCCAGGAGCUGGCCUCUUUGUACAGUCCAGGAAAGCGGGCCCAGGAAAUCAUUUGCGUGUACACCUGCAUAGGCCUCAUGAUCAUCAAUCUGAUACUGAUUGUCCGGCACAUGCGACUGGAGAGGAUUAGUGUGGCCAUUGUGUCCGCAUUGUGUGGCAUCAUAACAGCAGACUUUGCUUCUGGUCUGGUCCACUGGGCAGCAGAUACCUGGGGUUCUGUGGAUUUGCCCCUAAUUGGCAGGAAUUUCCUGCGUCCGUUUCGCGAGCAUCACUUGGAUCCCACAUCCAUAACGCGCCACGAUUUCAUUGAAACGAAUGGUGACAAUUUUAUGGUUGGAAUACCCAUUCUUGGGUAUUUGGCGCACUAUUUCUACAUUCGAUCGCCCAGCGAGAUUCAGCUACAUUUUGGCUGGAUAGCCUAUGUAUUUCUUUGCUCCAUAUUUGUGGCCAUGACAAAUCAGAUUCACAAAUGGUCACAUACCUACUGGGGUCUGCCACGGUGGGUUCUGUUACUGCAAAGCUGUCACAUUAUUCUGCCAAGGAAGCAUCAUCGUAUACAUCAUGUGGCACCGCAUGAGACGUACUUUUGCAUAACCACGGGAUGGUUGAAUUGGCCGCUGGAACGUAUAAGAUUCUGGUCUACUUUUGAGCUUGUUAUUGAGCAUUUUACGGGCCUAAAGCCACGCGACGAUGAUAUGAAAUGGGCCAAGAAACUUACAUAGGGCUUUUUGCUACCCUCAGCGACUGUAUAUAGGAAAUCCUGGACCAAAAGCAGCCUUAUAUUUAUGAAAAAUGAUAUUUUGCACAACAAAGUAGCUUUAAACUAAGAACAGAUCACAUAUAUGUAUGUAUAUUAAGUUAACUGAAGAAAUCGCAUAGUUUUUAGUUGCAUCCUCGCAAUGUUCGUUAACAAAUAGUUGAAUAUCUAAGCUUAAGCCUUGGACAACACUUCGCACACACACACUAGAAGCGCAUAAAGAACCACAAUCACUGAUCUCUUUUACGAGUGAGAGCCUUAUGUAUACCUGUGUACUAAAUAAUGAAAUGAAACAAACGCUUGUUAAAACAUUUUGAUAUCUUUACAAAAAGAAAGAAGUGCAUAAUGCAAUACAAAUCCCCUAUACAUAAGCUUAAACAGAGGAAAUGAUUUUUAUACCCAGAUCCUAAAUGAAAGACAUUCACAAAAAAUUGCAUCAUAGCCUGCAAAAGAUACAUAUAUACAAACGAUGAUAAGUUAUAAACAAAUAGUUACGAUUAGACGAUUAGGCGCUGUAUGCAAUCAAUAAAGUUACUUACAAAACGA